GUUCUGUGUAAAGCCCCCGAAAAGAGAACGCACUGCCUCUUCCAAAAAUACACACGUGACACUGUAAACGUGGGAGGACGGCAGAGGAAGCAGACGGUGGUGGCAUUUUUUAGGUGAAUUGUGCAUGGCUGUUCUGCCCUCCAUGCUGAAUUACAUGACGAAGACUCUUGUUUACAUAUAUAUCUAGACACAAGCACCUGAAUGCAUACGUGGUGAGUACUUAACUCUGCUGGGAAGUAGAAGAGUACCUCUAGCGUUAAAAAAAAUAUGCCUCCCAAGUUCAAGCGCCACCUAAACGAUGAUGAUGUCACUGGUUCUGUGAAAAGUGAAAGGAGAAAUCUUUUGGAAGAUGAUUCAGAUGAAGAAGAGGACUUUUUUCUAAGGGGACCAUCUGGACCAAGAUUUGGACCUAGAAAUGAUAAAAUUAAGCAUGUUCAGAAUCAGGUGGAUGAAGUUAUUGAUGUCAUGCAAGAAAAUAUUACAAAGGUAAUUGAAAGAGGGGAGAGACUAGAUGAACUACAGGACAAAUCAGAAAGCUUAUCGGAUAACGCAGCUGCUUUUAGCAACAGAUCCAAACAACUCCGACGGCAGAUGUGGUGGCGCGGAUGCAAAAUAAAAGCCAUCAUGGCGUUGGUGGUUGUCAUCCUUUUGUUGGUGAUCAUCAUUGAUGUGGUCUGUCAGGAUUGAGUAAUAAUUUCUGACCCCAGUCAAGAGCUCUUAGCCUGUGAUCUCUGAAAAUGCUCCUACAUGGUAUGCAAACACAGGGCUAAGUGCUUUGUUUGAGGUCAAAUAUGGCUACUGUUACACUAGGGCCACAGCACUCAUCUUCUGCUUAUUAUCAACCAGAAGGAAUGGCAGCUUGCAUUUCUUAGUAUUCUUUGAAGGACAGAUCUAGAUAAGCUCUUCAGAUGAAUGUUUUUUUGUUUCUGUUUUGGAUUUGAGCUUGAUUUCAGUCAUUAAUAGCCUUAAUAUUCUUUUAAAGUAAGAUCAUUUUUGAUAUCUCAUUUUCUUCAAGGCCUGUUUCCCUGUGCUUGCAGGGACUUUAUGAAGAUUUGGAAAGUGCCUCAAAAUAAUUAUUUGAAAAAUUCCAUGGUAAUAUUCUCUUUUUAAAGAGAAAAGAGUUUUGUUGCAAAGAAAUUGAGUCAGCUACAUAUCUCAUAUCUCAGACAAUAAGUAGACAUUUCUGCAAAGGUUUCUCAUCACCUAGAAACACCCCUGAGGGGCCAGAAGUAGCGAUGGUCUCUCUUCUUUGGAGUGAAAAUCACCAUUAUAAUUUCAGAGAAAUAAUCUAAUGGUGUUGGUCUGCCAUGAGAACCCAAGCUGUAAUUGCAUCAAAUGGCCACAAGAUGUCACUAUAAGCUCAGUUCCCCCCACCUCCCCAAAUGAAAGUAAAAAACAAAGACAUAUUGGUGAAUGACAUCAUAAUUAAAAAACUGACUUGAGGGUGUCCCUUAUAACUCACCAGUCAGAUGAGGGAACCCCCUCCACGAGGUACAUCUCUAAGACGGCCUCUUACGGAUUUUUGUUGAGGCCCCGUAAAGCUAUGCACAUCAGCCUCAAGGUGUGAGCACCACACUCAUCUGGGGGCGGGAGGGGGGGGUGUCACAUCCUUUUCUGCUCCCUGGAAAGAUCGAAUUCCACUCUUGACAAGAUAUGUUAAAAAAA